AAUUCGGUGUGAGCCAUUACACAUAUUUAGUACUUAUACAUACGUAGUCGUAGUGCAAAGAUGGCGUCGACGGUGUGUGUUUCGAGGUGCCGACUUUUAGCAAAAUUAGAUUUAAAUCGUGGUUUGUGUGUGUCGCCGAUAUUUAGGGAUUUUUCAAAUAACAGGGAGUCAUGGUGUCGGCGGUGGCGACCGGCUCGAAGGUCCUUUUUCACAAGCGCAUGCGCUCACGGAUCCAAAACGCCUUCAAAAGUUGAUCACGAGAAAUCUGACGAUGUGACGGUGACGUACCGGCGCGGGCUGCCCGUGAUCACGGUCCCGCUGCCGUCGCGCCGCGAGCGAUGCCGCUUCACCCUGCGGCCCGUCUCGCAGACCGUCGGCGACCUUCUUGAACAGGUCAAAGCCGAAGACCGCGGCGUGGAGCGAGCCACGGCGCUAGCGGCGGACGAGCGCGUGCGCAUCGCGUCCAGCGACACCGUCGAGUCGCUGCUCGAGAACGACUUCCGGCUCAUCAUCAACGACACCGAAUACUACGUCAAGACUCCCUCGCAGGAGCGGCUGAGCACGGAGGAGAUAACGCGACUGAGCGACGUGCGGAAUCUGGUCAACCAGCUGUACGAGACGCUCAACGUACGCGAGCAUCAGAUUCGCAAGGAGAGGGAAAUCCGUUCUCAGCUCGAGAAGCUUACUGCGGAAAUACAGCCGCUUGAGGAGAAACGGCUAAGCUUGGAAGUGGAAACCGGCCGACGCACCUCCGUGCUGACGUGGGUCGGCCUCGGCCUCAUGGGCGUCCAGUUCGGGGUGCUCGCGCGGCUGACCUGGUGGGAGUACUCGUGGGACAUCAUGGAGCCCGUCACGUACUUCGUCACCUACGGGACGGCGAUGGCCGCCUAUGCUUACUUCGUGCUUACGAAACAGGAAUACAUAUUGCCUGAUGUGAAAGAUAGGCAACAUCUGCUGACGUUGCAUAAAAAGGCGAAAAAGGUCGGACUGGAUAUCAACCAGUACAAUCAUCUGAAAGAUGAGAUAGACAAACUGCAGAAGGACCUAGCGCGGCUGCACGACCCGCUGCACAUCCACAUCACGCCGCGGCACGGUCCCGCGGCCGCCGACAAGCGCUCGCCCCUAACCAAGAUCAAGGACAUGCUCGAGGAGACCGGCAAGAAGAUGAAGAUCACGUAAUAUUUGCUGACCGCCACGCGUCGCUAGACCACGCGUACGUAAUACUUCCAUUGUAGGAGUAAAGCCAAGAUUCAUUGAUUGUAUAAGAUGUGUCAAG